AUGUCCUCGCAGCCGCUCCCGACUCGCUUCCUGUCCCGGCUCCAGCGGCACCGCCUCCUGCCCGCCCUCUCUCGCGCUCGUGCUCCGCCAAUACUGCCGCGUCACCGUUCCCGCCUGGUAACGCGGCCGCAGCCAACUAGGUUCCGGGGAGAAACAGUCCGACGACAGCCCCGCCUCCUCGCCCCUCGCCCGGCCCAGCCUAGUCGGCCUUCGCUGCCGUCAUGCAGCUCAUUGUACAUCUUUCUGAUUAUCAUCAUCCUAGGUACAUUUGCUAGAAGGAUGAGAAACAAAGUGGAUGUAUUUUGUCCAACUAAUGCACAGAGUUUGUCACCAAAUCCUACCAAAGAAGAAGAAACUGGGUCACCUAGGAAGCAAGCAAUACCAUGGCAUGUUCUACAGCCUUCUUAUCACUCACUGGACUUCUUUGGCAGCUGUGUGAAAUACCUUAACUUCUUUUGGAACAUGUUUUUUUUCAUGGCAGGGUUGUUGAUUUUGACCAUAGGGAUCUGGGGUCUUUUUCACAAAGAGUCCCUGGCGAGUGAGCGGAUAACCUAUUUGGGUAGCGACCCAAUGCUCUUUUUUGUAUUAGCGGGUCUAGUAGCCAGCACAAUGUCUCUGCUGGGAUGUUUGGGGGCCCUUUUUGAAAACACCCGACUCUUGAAGCUUUUGAAUGGAGGAAUCAUCACCUUUGUGAUUGUGGAAGUAUUGGGUGCAAUCAUACUCUUUUCUCUGAGACAUCAAAUCAAGGCCUCCUUGCGAAAUUCUCUCAUGAUGGCAGUGCUACGGUACCAAGAUGAUGCAGAUCUCCAAUUCAUUAUGAAUGAAAUUCAGUCAGGUCUGCAGUGCUGUGGUGUGGAGUCUUACGAAGACUGGAAGACAAAUUUGUAUUUUAACUGCAGUUCUCCAGGUGUGCAAGCCUGUGGAGUUCCAUCGUCCUGCUGUGUGGAUCCCCUGGAAAAUGGCACCAUCCUAAAUUCCCAGUGUGGCUUUGGUACCCUGCGCCUGGAGGAGUUUGUGGCUCAAAGCAUCAUCUAUCUUGGGGGCUGCUUUUACCAGCUGAGCAGAUGGCUUGAUAAUCAUGCUGGAGCAAUCAGCUCCUAUUUUGUGUUUCUUAUUGUGAUUGAAGUAGGAAGCUUAUUACUAGCUUCUAAGCUCCUGGCAGACAUUGCAUUUGCUAGGACUCUGUAUUAGAGCUUCAGGGACAGAAUGGUCUGCUGUCAGCUGAGACAAAGGAGAUUUUACUUCUUGGGAUUAAAAAAAACCAAGAAACAAAAUUAUCUUAUAUUAA